AUGCACAAAUAUCUUGCCAAGUCUUUACGUAUUUGUGAGUAUACUCACACAUUCCCUCCUAUACCCAUUCAGCCUGUGCACCCAUCCCUAUUUGAGCCAAGGCAAGAGGUUGUGGAGCAGACAGAGGGUAACUGGAAAAACCUGGAGACAUACAACUAUAAUAAAUACCACCCCAUUGAGGAGAUCUAUCAGUGGAUGAGUCAGAUAAGUGAGAAAUACAAGGAUGUGGCGACUCAGCAUUUCCUAGGAAUGACCUAUGAAACUCGGCCCAUGUAUUAUUUGAAGAUCAGCCAACCAUCAAAUAAUCCCAAGAAGAUGAUUUGGAUGGAUUGUGGAAUUCACGCCAGGGAAUGGAUUGCCCCAGCUUUUUGCCAAUGGUUUGUGAAAGAAAUUCUACAAAACUACAAAGACAACGCAAGGAUUAGCAGGCUUCUUAGGAACUUGGACUUCUAUGUGCUUCCAGUUCUUAACAUAGAUGGUUAUAUCUACACUUGGACAACUGAUCGUUUUUGGAGGAAAUCCCGGUCAUCCCAUGACAAUGGCACAUGCUUUGGGACGGAUCUCAAUAGAAAUUUCAAUGCAUCUUGGUGUAGUAUUGGUGCAUCUAAAGACUGCCAAAAUUUAACAUUCUGUGGCACUGGACCUGUGUCUGAACCCGAGACUAAAGCUGUCUCCAGCUUUAUAGAGAGCAAGAAGGAGACCAUUCUGUGCUUCCUAACCAUACACUCUUUCGGACAGCUCAUCCUCACUCCUUAUGGCUACACCAAAAAUAAAUCAAGUAAUCACGAAGAACUGAUUCAAAUCGGACAGAAGGCAGCAAAUGCAUUGAAAGCAAAGCAUGGGACGAAUUAUACAGUUGGCUCCAGUGCAGAUAUUUUAUAUGCUACAUCAGGAUCAUCAAGAGAUUGGGCUCGGGAUAUUGGCAUCCCCUUCUCAUACACAUUUGAGCUGAGAGACAAAGGUACACAUGGAUUUGAUUUGCCAGAUGAUCAGAUCCAGCCCACAUGUGAGGAGACCAUGGAGGCUGUGUUAUCUGUGCUGGAUGAUGUGUAUAAUAAAUAUUGGUCCAACAAUAGUGCUGGGAAAGUCACAUGUACCCCUGUGGCACUGAGCCUGCUAAUACUCCUCAUUUCUCUCCUCUAAGUGCAUCUUCCCAGGCCUAUAACCCCAGUAACAUG